GACGACCACAGAGAGGAGUGCAGGGGCAAUCGGGAGCCACCACAGGGGCCCAUCUAUCUCUCCUUCUCUCUCAUCGCGACACCCAAAUGCUUUAGCCGCUCCCCCAAAACCCUAACCAUUUCUCUCUCUCUCUCUCUCUCUCUCUCUCUCUCUCUUCUCCUUUUCGUCGUCGUCGUCCUCUUCAAUCUCAAGCUCCCCACACUUAUUGAGGGCUUCGCGGAUCCCAAAUCGACGAAGAGGAGCUCGUCGCGGAGGAAGAAGACGCCGCUCUACAGCGUUCGCCAUCGCGAAGAGCUCCCAUCGAGCUGCCUCAAAUGCCCCUCGGAGCUGCUUGAUCCAUCGGCGACCGUUGGAUUUGGUCAACCCUGGCGGGGCCCAGGGCCGGGUGAUGGCGGAUCCGCCCCGCAUCCUCCGCCGGAGAAGGGGUAGGCGUUGGGAAGGAGGCGAGGAAGGGGUUCUAGGGUUAGGGUUUGGUUUCGGGGGCGAGGGAUCCAACCGCCGGGAAGCAUGCUGACCGUGCUGCGCGUGCAUCUGCCGUCGGAGAUCCCCGUCGUCGGCUGCGAGAUCACGCCGUACGUCCUCCUGCGGCGGCCCGACAACUCGAUAGUGACGGAAGAUGUUCCCGAGUCGGCUCCGCUCGACGGCUACUUCAUCCGCUACAAGUGGUAUCGCAUACAGAGUGAUAAAAAAGUCGCAGUCUGCAGCGUGCAUCCAACUGAAUAUGCGACCCUGCAAUGCCUAGGCUGUCUUAAGGCGAAAAUACCUGUUGCUAAAAGUUACCACUGCUCGUCCAAGUGCUUCUUAGAUGCAUGGCAGCACCAUCGUGCUUUACAUGAGCGCGCAAGUAAUGCCGUAAAUGAAAAUGGAGCUGAGGAGGAAGAGCUUUUCGGGCGGUUCGGUAGCAGCGGAUCAGGUGUUAUUAACACGGGGUUAUCGGGCUCAACAUCUAAUCUAGGACAUAGCCCAGGACUUACAAAUGGCCCGGUACCUUUAUACCCUCUAUCUUCAGAGAGGAAUUCCGGUGAAACGUGGUUUGAAGUUGGACGAUCUCGUACGUACACACCAACAGCGGAUGAUAUUGCCCAUGUUCUGAAGUUCGAGUGUGUAGUUAUAGAUGCAGAGACGAGGAUACCGGUAGGAGCUGUGAAUUCUAUUAUGACCUCCCGCGUGAUCCCAGCUCCAUCUCCUAGUCCGCGCCGCAUGAUUCAAGUGAAUAGUGUUGAUGUUUUGGGGCAUUUGGAUUCAGAAAGCAGAACUUCUACUUUUGGGACAUUUACGGUGCUCUCAUAUAAUAUACUUGCUGAUACAUAUGCAACAAGUGAUGUAUACAGCUAUUGCCCUUCCUGGGCUCUUUCGUGGCCUUACAGAAGACAAAAUUUGUUACGCGAAAUAAUAAAUUACCAUGCCGACAUUAUCUGCCUUCAAGAGGUACAAAGUGACCAUUUUGAUGAGUUUUUUGCUCCAGAGCUUGAUAAACAUGGAUAUCAAGCACUUUACAAGAAAAGGACAUCAGAGGUUUAUACUGGAAAUCCCCAGUCAAUUGAUGGUUGUGCUACAUUUUUUCGCAGGGAGCGAUUUUCGCAUGUUAAAAAAUAUGAGGUUGAGUUCAAUAAAGCUGCACAGUCGUUAACUGAAGCAGUGAUUGCAACUGGUCAGAAAAAGGUUGCUUUGAGUCGCUUGAUUAAGGAUAAUAUUGCGUUGAUUGCAGUUUUAGAAGCAAAAUUUGGUAAUAGUGGUGGCGAUAACCCUGGAAAAAGGCAGCUGCUUUGUGUGGCAAAUACUCAUGUAAAUGUCCACCCGGACCUCAAAGAUGUUAAGCUCUGGCAGGUGCAUACUCUGUUAAAAGGGUUAGAAAAGAUAGCUGUUAGUGCCGACAUUCCAAUGUUGGUUUGUGGGGAUUUCAAUGCACUUCCUGGAAGUGCGCCUCAUUCACUUCUUGCAAUGGGAAAAGUUGAUCAAUUGCAUCCCGACCUGGCGAUAGAUCCCCUUGGGAUUUUGCGCCCAGCAAGCAAGUUGACUCACCAACUCCCUCUGGUUAGUGCGUAUUCUUCAUUUGCUAGGGGUGUUGGUUUUGGUUUGGAGCAGCAGAGGAGGAGGAUAGACCCAGCAACAAAUGAACCCCUUUUCACAAAUUGCACUAGGGAUUUCAUUGGCACCCUUGAUUACAUAUUCUACACAGCGGACUCUUUGACAGUGGAGUCACUACUGGAACUUUUGGAUGAGGAAAGCUUGAGAAAGGAUACAGCGCUUCCUUCUCCUGAAUGGUCAUCUGAUCAUAUAGCACUCUUAGCAGAAUUUCGGUGCAAACCUAGGAUUAGACGCUGAUAGUUGAGGUCUAUCAGCAUGAACUCUAUAACAGCUGUUGUUUCAAGAAAGGUGAUUUGAGUAAAAGAACACCUGGUAAGCUUAUGAAAGAAAAUGAUCGCAUACUUAUUCUGCAUUCCGAGGUGACUUGCUAGGUCUGCAGUUAUCUAUUUGUAUCAUGUUUACUUUAUAUCAUAGCAAAAUGUUUCUGAUAGCAUGUAAUUCAGUUCAGAUUUUUGUAAAUGUACUAUCAAGCUUUCUUAACAAAGCUUUGAAUGCCUUUCAUUUUUGUUUCUGGGAUUUGGACACUACUGAAUUACAAUGAGAUGGACGAAAUGAAGCAAUGCAUUAGCUGA